AUGCCGCCGGUGGAGACCGUCAAUCAACGUGACGGCAUGCGCAAUGAGGCAUUGCAGGAGACAACGGACUCGGGGCGUAAACUACCACAUUCCGUCACGCAUGGGAUGGCACCCGUAUCCGCUGCUUGGUUACCUCUGGGUAUGAAAGAAACAAUUCAGCAAUGGUGGCACAAGGCCCCUGCGGCAGUGGCCGAACACAAAGUCCUCUCAAGUAUUCCCUAUCUUCAAGAAGCCCCAACCCAACGACAAACCGGCAAUACUGCAAGCGCCCCAAACUCGCCCAGUGCGACCGACAGCCUACAGGCAGUCGAUCCCAGCCAGUCCGGCGAUGAGGCUGUCAACUCGAACAACGAUCCAUAUGGCCCCCGCCGCUGGCGCUCGCGAAUGGUUGAGCUAAGUGGUAAAAAUCGAGCACUGAAUGAAUUCUCUGUGGAGCGUAUCGGCGAGGAGACCGACCAAAACCUCGUCAUGUUACAUGGGUAUGGUGCUGGACUAGGAUUCUUUUAUAGAAACUUUGAGCCAUUGAGUCGCGCCAAAGGUUGGCAUCUCUACGCUUUAGAUUUGUUGGGCAUGGGCCGCAGUACACGUCCACCUUUCAAAAUCAAGGCUUCAGAUCGCCAGGAAGCCAUCACGGAGGCAGAGAAUUGGUUCAUUGAUGCUCUGGAGGAAUGGCGGAUCAAGAGAAAGAUCGAGCGCUUUACGCUUAUGGGCCAUAGUAUGGGAGGUUACAUAGCUGCGGCUUAUGCACUGAAGUACCCGGGCCGGUUGAACAAGUUGAUUCUCGUUUCACCAGUGGGAAUUCCGGAAGAUCCGUAUGCUGUGAACGAAGCGAUGCCGACGGAUUCGACAGAAGGCAAUGCCAAUGGCAGGGCGCCGCCUCGUUUACCACGCCUCGUCACUUACCUCUGGGACGCUAAUGUCUCUCCUUUCAGCUUCAUUCGUUGGGCUGGUCCGUUCGGCCCGGGUCUAACUUCACGCUGGACUUCUCGACGAUUCUCACAUCUACCGUAUGCAGAAGCGUCCGCCCUGCACGACUACACAUAUUCCAUUUUCAGACUCCGUGGUAGCGGUGAGUAUGCGCUUACAUAUCUACUGGCGCCGGGAGCAUUCGCACGAAGCCCUCUCAUCCGUCGAAUCCAAGGCAUUGGACGACAGGUCAUUCGGCCUGAUUCGCCUGUGGCAUUGACAUCUGCAUCUGACCCAUCUGCAGCUGCAGCAACUGCGUCUCAGCCACAAAAGGAGAACGGCAUACCUGUCAUCUUCAUGUACGGUGACCACGACUGGAUGGAUGUCACUGGUGGUUUCGCAGCCAAAGAGAAACUAGAAGAAGAAAAACGUCGUAUAUUGAAAGACGCCACUCCCGAGCAACGCGAGGCAGAUAAUGGUUCUGCGAAAGUGUACAUUGUGAAGAAUGCCGGUCACCAUCUUUACCUCGAAGGAGACGAGGAGUUUAAUGAAAUAAUCUUGAAGGAGAUGGAGGAUGUUCGAAGAAGAGAAGCAAAACGUCAAUCAUAA